AUGAGUGAAAAACUUAUAUUUACACGAUCUAACCAAACAGAAAUUAAUGGAUUAAAAAAACAAAACGAAGAACUUAAAAAGAAAUGUCAAGAAUAUGUUGAAAUUAUGAAAGGAUUAUUAGAAGAAGUUGAACGAUAUAAAAAUGAUAAAGAAUUAAUUAAAUUGAAAGAAGAGAAUGAAUCAUUAAAAAAAGAAAUUCAAAUAACAAAAGAGUCAUGGAUGAAUGAUAUUAAUAAAAGAAUGGAAGAAAAAACAGAAUUAGAAAAGAAAAAUGAAGAAUUACAAGAAGUAAUUUGUGAGAUUAAUAAAAGAAAAGAAGAAGAAACGAAUAUGUCACAACUCAUAGAUAAAAUGAAAAUAUUAUAUAAAAAUUAUGUUGAUGUUGCAUAUGCAUUAAAUCCUGCUUAUAAAGAGUCAACAGGAAAUCCAAUGAGACUUUCAUUAGGAAAUACAGAAUUAUCAAUUUCAGAAAUUAAAAGAAAAGAAGAGACUAUAAAUGAUAUUCCAUUAGUACAUGAUUCGACAUAUAUUUCUAAUGGAUCUACACCAUUUGAAGAAUUAUCAUUUUAUAGAAAUGAUAUUAAAAUAAAAGAAGAAAAAGAGAUAAGUCCAGUAAAAAAUAAUAUUAGUAUUAUUGGAAUUGAAGAUAAUGAAGAAAAUAAAUUAAAAAAUAAUAUUAAUGAAGAAGAUGAAGAAAAAAAAGUAUUAGAAUUAAAUAAUCAAGAAAAAAAACCAAUUCAAAGAACUAAAACUCAUCCAAAAUCUUUAAGUAAAAAACAAAGUAUUGUUACAAUUCAUUCAUUAAAUCAUAAUGACAUAAAUGAUACUUUUCAAACUACUUUUGUAUCUGAUAAUUCUUCUAGUAUAAAUAUAUUAAAAAAGUCUAAUGUUAUUUGUUUUACUGGAAUUAAUGAUAAUUCUAAAUCAAAAUAUAUUUCAGAAGUUCAAAGAAAAGGUGGUAUUUUUUCUAAUUGUUUAGAUGAACAUGUAACACAUUUAAUUGCUUAUAAAAAAAUUACUAAAAGUUGUAUUGUAGCAUUAUUAAGAGGUAUAUGGAUAAUGCCAAUUGAAUGGCUUUUUUCUAAAGGAGAUUAUUUUGAAAAUGAAGAAUUAUAUGUGAGUAAAAAAGAAAGUGGUUUGGAAGGAAAAAAGAUUUAUUUUUCUAAGAUUUUUGAAUUAAAAAAAGUAAAUGUUGAAGUAAAAGAACUUAUUAUUGAA